GGUUUGUCUGCAUUUUUGAAAAAAUUCAAAUGGUACUGCAAAAACAUAAAAGUUUAUACUGUUGUAUUCAGUGAUAUAUCUUCUACACGUGCUGUUCUACAGGUUACACAUCAAGUAUUAUGUCUUCAUUGCAGGGGCGGACUGACCAUUUGGAAACUCGGGCACUGCCCGAGGGCCCGGGGUCAGUAGGGGGCCCCAUGAGAUGCCCCUGGUACCUUUUUCAUAGGCUUUUUUGAGUUUGGGCAAGGACACAGGGGCCCCAUGAUCCCCUAUUGCCCGGGGGCCCCAUGAGUUGUCAGUCCG